AGCGGAGACCAUGUCUGACGUGGAAGAGGUGGGGGAAGAGUAUGAGGAGGAGCAGGAAGAAGAAGCCGCAGAAGAAGAGGAGGACUGGAGAGAGGACGAAGACGAGCAGGAAGAGGCAGCAGAAGAAGAGGCUGAAGGUGAGGCUGAGACUGAGGAGACCAAUGUAGAAGGAGACGGACAAGAAGAGGAGGCUAAAGAAACUGAAGAUGGCCCAGUGGAGGAGUCCAAACCAAAGCCCAGGCCAUUCAUGCCCAACCUGGUGCCACCCAAGAUCCCCGAUGGGGAGAGAGUAGACUUUGAUGAUAUCCACCGGAAGCGCAUGGAGAAGGAUCUGAAUGAGCUACAGACGCUGAUCGAGGCUCACUUUGAGAACAGGAAGAAAGAGGAAGAGGAGCUCAUUUCCCUCAAAGACAGGAUUGAGAAGCGACGGGCUGAGCGGGCCGAGCAGCAGCGCAUCCGGAAUGAGCGGGAGAAGGAACGUCAGGCUCGCCUGGCAGAAGAGAGAGCCCGACGGGAGGAGGAGGAGAACAGGAGAAAGGCUGAGGACGAGGCCCGGAAGAAGAAGGCUUUGUCCAACAUGAUGCACUUUGGGGGUUACAUCCAGAAGACGGAGCGGAAAAGCGGGAAGAGGCAGACGGAGCGGGAAAAGAAGAAGAAGAUUCUGGCCGAGAGGAGGAAGGUGCUGGCCAUUGACCACCUGAAUGAAGAUCAGCUGAGGGAGAAGGCCAAGGAACUAUGGCAGAGCAUCUAUAACCUGGAGGCAGAGAAGUUCGACCUGCAGGAGAAGUUCAAGCAGCAGAAAUAUGAAAUCAAUGUUCUCCGAAACAGGAUCAACGAUAACCAGAAAGUCUCCAAGACCCGCGGGAAGGCCAAAGUGACCGGGCGCUGGAAGUAGGGGCAGCAGUGUCCUUCACCAGAGAUCCUCGCCGUGUCCCCGCCCUGCUUGCCCCCCAGCUUCUGGGCCCCCCCCCGCCCCCCGGGCACUGCAGGCCGACUCAAGUCUGGAAACCAGGAGCUGGCCCGGCUGGAAGCUGCUGUUGGUGCCUGUACCCCCACAUGCCCACGCGUGCCAGUAAUAAAAGCCAACACAUAUCG